CUCUCUCAUUCCAACAUGGCGCCACUAAAAUCGACUUCGAGUAUCAGUCAAAUCGAAAAGAGUAUCAGCGCAACAUUGUCAAACACGAUGGAGAAAGACCAUACUAACUACGAGAAAGUCGAUAAAGAGCUUGUUAAGUACAUUGCAGAUGCUCGAGUCACCAUUAGCCAAGAAAAAAAUGCCGAAUUACGCCGAAAAAUCGACCGGCGUAUUCUGGUACUCAUGAUAUUAACAUAUUUUUUGCAAGCCAUUGAUAAGGGUACAAUGUCUUUUGCUUCCAUUAUGGGUAUUAAGGAUGACACACAUUUAAGUCGGCAAGAUUAUAACUGGCUGACAACUUGCGUCUUCAUAACGAUCCUCAUUGUUGAAUACCCUCAAAAUUACAUACUUUCUAGAGUUCCAAUUGCCAAGUAUCUUGGAUUUAAUAUUAUCGCAUGGGGUUCCGUUCUAGCCUGCACUGCAGCCUGUACGAACUUUACAGGGCUCAUUGUGGUGCGCACUUUACUUGGCCUUUUUGAAUCAGUCUGUCAGCCAGCAUUUGUUAUCCUAUCUUCGAUGUGGUACAGGCGGGAGGAACAAGUUGCCCGUGUUACAUAUUGGUACAUGAUGAAUGGAGCACAACAAAUCGUUGGUGGCCUUCUAGCAUACUGUUUUAGCCUCAUCAAGACUGGCCCUUUACAGUCUUGGAAGUGGUUAUUCCUCAUCUAUGGGGCCAUUUCGAUUAUUUUCGGGCUGUUUGUUGUAUGGUGGAUGCCUGAUUCACCCAUGCGAGCCAAGUGUUUCAGCGAAGAAGACAAGACUCUCAUGAUUGAGAGAGUUCGAGAUAACCAAACUGGCAUUCAAAACCGAAAAUGGAAGAAAUACCAGUUCAUUGAAGGCUUAAAAGACCCUCAAAUCUGGGGUUAUUGUUUGAUACAAUUCUGCACGACUCUACCUACAUCUGGCCUUGGCGCUUUCCAAGGCAUCAUUAUUCAGGGUAUGGGAUUCACAGUACUACAGACUCAACUGCUCGCCAUGGUACUUGGAUUUUAUAUCAUUAUAGUGCUCCUGGGUUCGACUUGGUUAGUCAAGUUGACCAACCAAAACCUAUAUAUAAUGGGCGCAUUUGUCAUCCCAUCUUUCAUUGGUACUAUUUGCCUCAUGACAGUCCCUCUAGAUACCAGAAGCCAAAAGAUCGGACUUGUGGUCUGCUAUAAUAUUACUAUGUCUUUCUGGGCUUCUCAAACUUUGGCAUUAUCUCUGUUAUCGCGAAAUAUUGCUGGACAGACAAAAAAGAGCGUUGCUGUGGCUCUAAAUUUUAUUUUUUGGGCCACAGGCAAUGCAAUUGGUCCUCAGGUGUUUCUCUGGUGGAAUGCUCCUCGAUAUUUCAUCGCAUUCGCCACUCAUCUUGGAUGCUAUUCCCUCCUUGUUAUCGUAAUCUUCUCUUUGCGCUUUUAUCUAUCUUGGGAGAACAAGAAACGAGACAAUCUGGCCGCAACUGGAGUUCAACAGGCUCGAGAUGAGCGAAUGCUGCAUGCAUGGGAAGACUUGACGGAUAAGGAGAAUGUCAACUUUCGCUAUGCCUUUUAA